GAUUAAGAUUAUGAUUAUGAUUAUGAUUAUGCUCUCAGUUCAUUACUCAAAGUCAUGUAUUCAAAGCUUCUUUUUGUUUUCUCUGAUACUUUUCCUUUCUUCCAAACAAUAUGAUAAUCAAAUUACUUUUUUUUUACUAUGCAUAACAAGUAACUUGAUAUGAUGAUCAAAUUACAAAGUAACAAGUGUUUGUUACUCCUUGAUCUUCUUUGUUACUCUUUGACUCAUCUCUAGGAUCUUCAAUACAAAUAUUUUAUCAUUUAAGAAGUGCUUUUCUUUUCCUUUUAUUCUUCACUUUGUAACCAUUGCAAGCAUAUAAUUUUCUUUUGUUGUUUUUUGUGUUAGAUUUCUCUUUUCUUUGUCCUUAUAUCCAAAGAAUUAUUGAUACACAAGUAAAUAAUAUUCUAUAAAACAUUAAUUAAUUAAUAUGUUUAUCACAUGCGAAAAGAAAAAAAAAAACAAGCAUCUUAGUAAUACUUAAAAACUGAAAUUGAUUUUAAAUUUGUUUGAAAUUGAUAAUAAUGCAGAGAUAUCCUCAUGGAAUUAUCAUAGAAGAUAGAUUAUAAAAAAUAAAAGUUAUUGCAGCAAGGAGAGAUAUAUAUACUUUAUUCGCCCUUUAUUACCUAUAAAACAUAAAUAUGAUACAUUUCAAAACAGAGCAUAAUCAAUAGUGUACAUUCUCUUUUCUAUAAAAAUCAAAACAGAGGAGUGCUUUGGUUCCGUGGUGAAUUUUGAUUCAUUGCUUUAUUAAAUUAUAAUAAUAGAUCAAAAAUGGAGGAGAUUCAACACUUCUGUCCUCAACAACAUAUUUUGCUCCUAAAGGAUAAUAAGAUAUGUGGUGACCAAAUUAUUUGUAAAAUAUGUAAGUCUUCUAUGGCAGCCCCUUAUUAUGUUUGUGAUUCGUGCAAAUAUUAUGUCCACAAGUCAUGUGAAGAACUACCAAAGCAGAUCAACAAAUACCCUUUACAUCCUCGCCACCCUCUUUCUCUUACAACACGAAAUGCCUAUUGCAAUUGUUGUGGUCGAGCCUCAAAAAAGUUGCUCGUGUUCAAUUGUGUUGGCUGUGAUUUUGACUUGGAUGUUGAAUGCUUUAAAAUGUCAAACUCCAUAAAAACAUGCCCUUUGGGCCAACAUUGCAUUCAACAUUCAAGCCAUCCUCACUUGCUACUACUUGUUGACACAACAGAUACUAUUUAUAAAGGUGUUAAUGUUAGAUGCUUUGCAUGCCGAUCUAAGAGCUCACCAUCAGAAUUAUCAGAUGGUGGAGUUUAUUAUGGCUGCAAUAGAUGUAACUAUUUUCUUCAUAAACAAUGCAUUGACCAAUUACCACAAGAAAUCCAAACCUCUCACCAUCCUAAUCACAACCGUCUCUUCCUUCUGAUGAAAAGAUACAACAAUCGUAAAUGUAGCACUUGUGAAAAUACAAACUACCAUGCCUUAUAUUUCGAAUGUCCUCAAUGCGAUUUUUGGUUGUGUUUAGAAUGUGGUGUGAGAAGACCAUGCAUUAAGUAUGAAGAUCAUCCACAUCUUCUUUGCUUUAUGAAGAAAAUAAAAAAUGCAGUUGAACAAUGCAACGUCUACGACACCUGUUUGAAACAAUCAAUCAUGUGCAAUACUAAGGAAUUCCACAAAACAAAUUCCUUCAAAUUUCAAUGUUUGGAUUGUGAUUUCAAACUUCAUUUAUUAUGUGGUCCAUUGCCUUUGAUCAUAAAACAUGACAGCCAUAUGCACUACUUAGAACUUGUUGAUUCAUUCAUUGAGGAUAACUCUGGUGAAUAUUGCUGCGAUGUUUGUGAAGAAGAAAGAAAUCCACGAAUCCGUGUUUAUUGUUGUCGGAAGUGCAAAUAUAUCGCUCACGUACACUGUGUUAUCUCUGAGGUUAUAAAUGUAUUAAAAGGAGACCUUAGAGAUGUGAAACUGAAAGUGUUGGGAGAAGAUCUUUGGGAAUUUCCUAAAGAGAUUGAUUAUGCUGUGUCUCAUUUGACUUUAAGGGAUUUGAUACAUAAAUUAAGUGAUCGUGAGCUAGGCUAGUUGAAGGGUCGUUUUUACUGGGAUGAGGGAGAAGAAGUGAGUACAACGCUACUGAAGUUGAGCCUGAAGAUGAUAACAUUGAUGAGGUUCUAAAAUUUUCUAAUUUAACAGAAGCUGAUUUCAAGUCAUUUAUCUUCAAUCAGUUUUAUUCCACCUUUAACAAAAGGAAGUUGAGAAUAAAAUCUAGUGAUCUAGCGUUGACACUUGUUGAUAUUAAAGGUUAUUCCAUACCUUUACAUUUGUCAUCUGCUAUGAAUAAUUUGCUUCACAGAUAUGGAGAUAUUAGUCCAAACUAUUAUUCCCAAGAAUUGAAGAGCAUCUGCUUCUUCUUUGUAUGUAAAGUGAUGAAAGAGAUGCAUACCACUUUGGUGAUAGACAUCACUAAACAUCUUCUUCAACAAUGGUAUCACUACAUAACAUUUGUAAAAUAUUGGGCUGGCUUCCAGGUGGAUUUUCUGGAGUCAUCUCUAAGGAAGAUCACAAGAAAUUUCUACUAUCAACAAGUAAGUAAAGUAGUUGACAUGCACUUCCCAAUGAAAAUAGAGAAGAAGAAAGAUGACCUGCAGAAGAAGAUGGGUGAACUACAGAAGAAGAUUGAAGAGUACAAUGGUGAACUUGAGAAGUGCAAGAAACUCCGUGAGUCUUCUAGAAAAGAGGAAUCCAUGAAACAGGGCUUGGAAAACGCAAUGAAAGUCAACUGGAAGUUAGCAAGUGAUAUAUAAUAUUUAUUAUUUGAUGAAGUUUGUAUAAUGAUUUUUUUCUUCUUUUACCUCGACCUCUCUCAACUUGUUCUACUGAGUAUUAAUUAAAGAGCAGUACCCACCAAAUAAUCUUAAUAUAUUUGGACUAUA